AUGUUAAAAUGUGUGUCAAUUCAUAACCCAAAUCAGUGCAUACGUCCAGACCCAAAAUCAACCCAAAAAUCAGUGAAUACGCCCACAGACGCAAAGUCAGUGAAUACGCCCACAGACGCAAAGUCAGUGAAUACGCCCACAGACCCAAGGUCAGUGAAUACGCCCACAGACCCAAAGUCAGUGAAUACGCCCACAGACCCAAAGUCAGUGAAUACGCCCACAGACCCAAAGUCAGUGAAUACGCCCACAGACCCAAAGUCAGUGAAUACGCCCACAGACCCAAAGUCAGUGAAUACGCCCACAGACCCAAAGUCAGUGAAUACGCCCACAGACCCAAAGUCAGUGAAUACGCCCACAGACCCAAAGUCAGUGAAUACGCCCACAGACCCAAAGUCAGUAAAUACGCCCACAGACCCAAAGUCAGUAAAUACGCCCACAGACCCAAAGUCAGUGAAUACGCCCACAGACCCAAAGUCAGUGAAUACGCCCACAGACCCAAAAGCGGAGAUUUUCAACGUUGAUAUACUGCAGCGUGGGAUACAUGACGUUGUUCAAAUAGAAACAACUCUUGUGAAAAGUUAUAAAAAGUAUACUACACAGACUGUUGUUAUCGUGCACCCGCCAACCAUGAGCCAACCUAAGCAGCCAAUCAGGGAAAAGGACAGAAUCGAUAGAAGUGGGUUAUGA